AUGUUCAUAUAUCUAAGACCAACAAUCAGCUACAAGUACAAUCACCUAGGGCAUUUGGAACAUCUGGAUUCUUUGAUUUUACCUCCCUUUCUCCCCCCCUCUCUCUCUCUCUCUCUUAAUUCCCUUAGGCUUUUCUUUAUCUACCUAUGCCAAUCUUUUCAUAUCUGUCUUGUUUUAAAUGUUCCAUUCACUUCUUCCUUCUCUUUUCCCUAUCAAGUCAUAAACUCUAUCUAUCUAUCUAUCUAUCUAUCUAUCUAUCUAUCUAUCUUAAUUUGUUCAUUAUCUAUUUAUCUAUCUGUCCCUCACCUCUAUUUCAACCUUUUAAUAUCUAUCUAUCUAUCUAUCUAUCUAUCUAUCUAUCUAUCUAUCUAUCUAUCUAUUUUCAACCUCUUAAUAUCUAUCUAUCUAUCUAUCUAUCUAUCUAUCUAUCUAUCUAUCUAUCUAUCUCAGCCUGCUCAUAUCUAUCUAUCUAUCUAUCUAUCUAUCUAUCUAUUUCAACCUUUUAAUAUCUAUCUAUCUAUCUAUCUAUCUAUCUAUCUAUCUAUCUAUCUAUCUAUCUAUCUAUUUCAACCUCUUAAUAUCUAUCUAUCUAUCUAUCUAUCUAUCUAUCUAUCUAUCUAUCUAUCUAUCUAUUUCAGCCUGCUCAUAUCUAUCUAUCUACCUAUCUAUCUAUCUCAGCCUGCUCAUAUCUAUCUAUCUAUCUAUCUAUCUAUCUAUCUAUCUAUCUAUCUAUCUAUCUAUCUAUCUAUUAUGAUAGUUCAUUCUAUUCAUAUCUCUCACUAUCUUUCUCUUUAUCUAUCUGUGUAUCUGUCUAUCUGCCUCAAUCUAUUCAUAUCUAUCUAUCUAUCUAUCUAUCUAUCUAUCUAUCUAUCUAUCUAUCUAUCUAAAUCAACCACAAGCUUAUGCGAAGAUAGUCUCGUGGCUACAGACACACAGACACAUAUGAAGAAAACACAGCAUCUUUGCUACUCCUUCCCUAAUCCACCACCCCUACUCUCUCUUUCUCACUCUCGCUGCUCACGUGUACACUCGAUUCCGCCAGUUUAA